UGAGAGCCUGCAGACCAGUCGAGCGCAGCAUUUCAAUGAAGCUCCUGGUGCUCGUGCUGGACAUAAACACAGAUGAACACUGAAACAGAAGAUGAUUUUUAUCAGUCAGACGACAACUUUGAUGAUGAUGAAGAUGAGGCAACCCAAUACAUAAUAGAACAAAGUCUUAUCCAAUACAGAAAACUUAAAGGGCUCAAUCCAAGUGAUCUGAAAUCAAGUGAAGAUCCACAUGAGAUUUAUAAAGCAAUCAAGGAGGGUGAUGAAGAUGCUCUGAUAAGACUGACUAUCCAACCUGAGAUGCUGUGUAAAGUGGAUGAGCGUGGGUGGAUUCCACUGCAUGAAGCAGCAAUUCAGGACAACAAACAAAUCCUUGAGAUCAUCUUUUCAGCAUCGCCCCCUGGUGCGGCACAGUGUCGAACCCUGAAGGGUGAGACAGCACUGUUUUUGGCAAUUGUCCAUGGACUCAGGGAGAACGCCACAUUCCUCCUACAGAACGGCAGUAGCCCAGACACCCAGAACGAUGAGCAGGACUCUCCUUUAGUCGCUGCUAUUUUGAAUGAUCAGUAUGACUUAGCCACUCUACUGCUACGUUAUAAUGCCAACGUGGAUCAGACUGGGCCACUGAACCGGACAGCCCUUCAUGAGUCUGCGUUUCUAGGCCUGGACAAUUUUGUCUAUCUGCUCCUAGAGUCUGGGGCCAAUCCAAACGCAUGUGACAUCAAACAGAAAAUUCCCCUUGCCCUGGCUGCUCAAAAUGGGCAUUUUAACGUGGUAGAAGUUCUACUACAGAAAGGAGCAAAUGUAAAAUGUGAGUCAGAGUCAGGCACCAUUUUGUUCGAUGCGGCUGCCUCAGGAAACCCUGACAUCAUAUCACUGUUGUUGGACCAUGGAGCAGAUCCUAACCUACCUCUCUACAGCGGACACCUGCCAAUCCAUCGUGUGGCCUACCAUGGACACAUCCUAGCUCUGGAGAGGCUAAUCCCAGUGACAGACCUGUAUGCAGUCAAGGACAGUGGCAUGAGCCCUCUCCACUCUGCAGCUGCUGGAGGCCAUGCUCACUGUGUAGACCUACUGCUCAAAGCUGGCUAUGAUCCAAACUUCAUGCUCCACCCACGAGUUCGCCGCAACUAUGACGACGAACGAAGGUCUGCUCUCUUCUUUGCCGUGUCCAACAGUGACCUCCAGUGCAGUCGCCUGCUGCUUGAGGCUGGAGCUAUGGUAAACCAGGAUCCAGUCAACUGCUUACAACUGGCUCUCCGACAGGGCAACUAUGAAAUGAUCAACAUUUUGUUAAAGUUUGGGGCGAAUGUGAACUACUACUCGAGAGUAAACACAACACACUUCCCCUCGGCUCUUCAGUAUGCUUUAAAAGAUGAGGUUAUGCUUAGGAUGAUUCUGAACCAUGGUUAUGAUGUUAAACGCUGCUUUGACUGUCCUUAUGGUGACAGCUCUCAUGAUUAUGCUCCAUGGGCAUCUGCUGUCAUAAAAGACAUGGUGGUGAGUAUAAACAUAAACAUGAACGGGAGAAAAAUACUUGACGCGCGUCCGUUGCCUUGGAAACAAGAGCCCGGUCCCGGUCUUUUCCUGAAACGAUGUCAGACCAGACUGAGAGAGACUUUAGUGUUUUUAUAACGUAA